GGUAUCAACACCUCCGCUAGCAAGGCCCGUUGCAUCUCGAGCGAUCCACCUAGCACCUCGGACCUCGUAUACGUAAGUGUCAUAAUCGCAGCCCCGUGUCGCAAUACCGACACCCUCGUCCAGCAUGCCCUCAUCCAACAUGCCGGUGUUCGCGCUUGCGCUUCUGCUUGUGCCUAUGCUCGUGCUCGCGCCUGUCCUCAUGUACGCACUUGCACUCCGCGACGCUGCAUGGCAUGCCCCCUGGACGCUGAACACACCCUCAGUGUACCUGUGGUUGCAGCUUUGUGCCCUAAUGCCCUUGACUUCGGCCCUCAAACUCGUGUGCCGUGACAUUGUGCUCAAGUUCUGCAUUUCCUUCAUGCUUGACCUCUGCAACUCGUGGUUGAGCUCGGAAGCUCGUGUUGGAGCUCUGCACUUCCUGCUUGACCUCUACAGCUCGUGUUUGAGCUCGACAGCUUGUGUUGGAGCUUUGCACUUCAUGCUUGACCUUUGCAGCUUGUAUAGCUUGUGUUUGAGCUCUGCAGUUGGUGCUCGUGUUCUGCACCUCAUGGUUGACUUCAGCAGCUUGUGUUUGAGCUUGUCAGCGCGCAACUCAUGCUCCAGCAGGGACUUUGUAGCUCGUUAUUGUCGAACUCCCAGGGGGUUACUUGGGGCAGCGUGUAUAUACUCUCUUCCUUCCACGGAUGGGGAACAUGAGGCUGUUGCAGAUGUGCAUGGUGUGUUCACGGGUAAAUUCUUUGCGCCUCUAAAUGGUUCGGGGGCUGCAUUGUUGCUGCCGAAAUGCCGAGCUUGGAGAAUGCUUGUUGCUACUAAGCUUGGUGACUUUGUGGGUGACUACUUUGUCGCUGCUAAGCUGGGAGGUUGCUUUGUCGCUGCCAUCAAGCUCGAGCUCGUCUUCUCUCGUUGAGAUUGUUUUAUUUGUGAAUAUAUAGAUAUAUAUAUAUUUUAACUUUCAUGGUCUUGUGCUCACCGCUUUUUUUUUUUUUGUUUUUUGUCUUUUUCUUUUUCUUUGUUUAUUAUAUAUAUAUAUAUUAUUGCUUUGACUUGCCUUGAGCAUGUGCUUUACUGACACAUUUUUUCCUUUUUUGAAUAUUCAUGGUUGACAUUGCACCAUACGUACCUUUUAUUUUAUUAAAUAAAACUUCGAUAAUUGU